AUGUCAUACCCGCCACCACCAGGUCUGAGCGAUUCCGACGCCAGCAGACCGCCAGGUCUACCUGCAAAACCUCCUCCAUCAAAGUCAUCCGGCUUCAAGCCAGCCUUCAGUUUCGCACCGCGCGCAGUCGCUCAGCAGGCCCGGACGCAGAGCCCAGCACAGUACGCCGCACCACCAAUUCCCGCAUACAGCGCUCCCGUAUCAUAUGCGCAACAACCUCAGCCAUACCCACAAGCGACCUACAACGCUCCUCCCCAGAUUCACAACCCCUUCCCAGAGCCCGGCACAGCCGCAGCCGCGGCAGCAACUAUGAUCCAGAAUACGAAGCCCAACAAAGACGGCGAGAAGCCUAGACUACCAGGACAAUCCGCAGCGAAUGCCGCAGCCGCAUACUCGUCCACCGCAAGAACAGAUUCGCCAGCAGCGAAAGAUGAAAAGCCGAAGACAGUACAGCGAUCAGGCGGAGGCGCCACCUGGCAAGACCCCUCCCUACUCGAAUGGGAUCCUGCACACUUCCGCAUCUUCGUCGGCAACCUCGCCGGCGAAGUGACAGACGAGUCGUUGCUGAAGGCCUUCUCCAAGUACGAGUCGGUGCAGAAGGCACGAGUUAUCAGAGAGAAGCGGACAACCAAGUCAAAGGGUUUUGGCUUUGUGAGCUUCAGUAGCGGUGACGACUACUUCCAGGCAGCACGGGAGAUGCAAGGCAAGUACAUUGGCAGUCAUCCUGUACUCAUCAAGCGAGCUGUGACGGAGGUGCGACCGACGACGGUCCAGGAUAAGCGGGGAAAGAAUAACAAGAACAAGGCUGGGAAGGUUGAGCAUGGUGGGGUCAAGAAGAAGGGCGCUGAUAAGACGAAGGGCGGGUUGAAGAUUCUGGGAUGA